ACAACAACCACAAUGCACCGCGCUCUCAGUAAUUUUUUUCUCCGACUUUCAUUGUAUCCGUGUCAUGUUUAGGGAUUACUAGCAAGAAUUUUGCGAUGCCUUUCCUAAACUGUGUUUGGUGGGAUUAUUUAUAAUGCUGCUUUGUUGUAAUAUAUGCAAAUUCAGAGGCAGGGAGCACAUGAUAAUACACGCUGAGUGAUUGUUGAGCCCACGAUUGGUGAGGCACCUGCCACUGUUCCCCAGUCGAAAUGUUGAGUAGGAGCCUGGGUUCGCAGGCAGCAUUUGGCAGUAGUGUUGGUCUGAGCAUUGGCCCGGCACCACCAGCUUUGUUUUUGCUGGACAAGGCUGCUGAGAUGCUAGCUGUAAAUAGGUCCUUUGAAGCGGCGCUGGAGGCAUGCGAGAGGGGUCUGGAGACUAUUGACAGUGGCAACAGCACUUCUGAUCAGGAAGAUGCUCAUAGAUUUAGUGACGUGAAGGCUUCUUUUUGCAUCAUUGGUGUUCAGGCACUAGCAGAACUGAAUCGCUGGAGAGAGGUACUUCCCUGGGUUCUUCAACAGUACGAUGCACCAGAAAAAGUGCCUGCCCGAAUUAUGCAGAUGUGUAUUCUUUUGUACAGUAAAGUGGAAGAACCGCAGAUGAUCCAAGAAGCUGUGCAACUCUGGCUGAAGGAUUCCAAGAACCGCACCUUGCCUGCAUAUGGUGCCGUGGCAGAGCUGUACCUGCUUCAUGUGCUGAUACCUCUGGGGCAAUUCGGAGAAGCAGAGCUGCUGGUCCAAGAUCCAGUGUCCUUUCCUGAAGGUCAGCAGCAGGGAGCACUGAGAUUCAUCUCACAAAGCAGAGGGGAACAGACUGACUCAAUGUUGCAUCAAAAAUCGGCACAUCAUCAGGAAAUGUCAGACAACAGCCAAGCUGGGAGGGGAGUGCUUUCGAAGCUUACAACCAUCUUGAAAGCAGUACAAAGAACCAUGAAAACAGUUCAGAGCACAUUAUGUUCGUUUUGGAUUAGUAAACUGGUUCUAGCCACAUUUUUGGUCUACCUGCUAGUGGCAAGACUGGAUUCUGCGUCACCUAACAGUUUUCUCUGGAUUUCUAGACUCUUGCACCUUUUCCGACAGACAUGGAAUGCCAUGUUUGCUCCAUAUUACCUGGCCAGAGUCAAACAAUGAGUUGAGCUUAGUGUGAACUCUGAAAUGCUCAUCUAACUCAGACCUUUGAAUAUAUGAGAAGCAGAACACAGCUGUCCAGGAACGCUGUCUGCAUACUGCAGUCCUGUACUGUUGAAUGAAAUGCUGCACAAUUGCAAAGCAAAUAGUGAUCUACAUCAUUUUAGACUGAUGAACUGUUUCUGCUGAGAGAGACCAGUAAUUGGUCUAAAUUAUUUUACUUCUUGUGAUAUUUUCUGCACUAAUUUUAACUUGAAUUAAUAUUGUUGAAGGUAUGUGGCAGUUUUCUGUGCAUUAAGUGAAGAUAACCGGAUACAGCAGCACAUUUUAGUACAUUUAUUUUGCAAGACUUUAAAUUAGUUUUGACAUGUACGUUAUUUUCAGUUGGUCAGCCAUCAGAUACUUUCUGAUGUUAGUGUUUGGAAUGCAAGGAUUUCAGGAAACUUCUUUGACUUUUUUGCUGUUUAUAAAAAUGAAACAUGAAGGAUGUAAGAUCCAUUCAUGGAGUAUGUCAAAAUUUGCAUAUGAAAUAAAGAAAAACACUCAGAAUCACUCA